CACAAUGCCAUCAUCAUCAUCAUCAUCACCACCACCACCACCACCACAAUCAACCUUCACCCCCCUCCUCCCAUCCCAACCGCUCCCCAAAAAUGGCCCCAUCCGCUUCCCCUUCCAACCCCCCAACCUCUCCGUCAUGCUCCGCGACAACAUGACCCUCAGCAGCUGGCUUCUCAGCGGCGCCCUCCUCCAGGGCCUAGCUUUUACGGUAUUCGGCCCAAAAUCCCUCAUCCCGCCGACCAUGAUCCUCCUCUACCGCCUGAUCGACCACCUCCUCAUGGCCGCCCACAUCACCCGCAACCGCUACAUGGACCACACCCUCCAAACCAAAUUCUCAGCCCAGUACCCAACCACCCCAUCCACCACCCCGCAACACUCCGGCAGCACCCUCUCGAAAUACUUCCCCGCCACCCCGGCCGCGCAACCCCUGGUGGUCUUCCACCUGGGCGCCCGCGUCAACCACCCCCUCGGCAUGUUCGCCCCGGGCUGGCGCGACCUCGGCGAGUACAACCAGAAGAUGCUGGCGUCGAUGACGGCCGACGCCGAGAAGUACGGGCUACUGGGGGUGUCGCACUGGACCAAGGACGCGGCCGCCGCGGGGAACGAGAGCAUGUGGGUGUUCUAUCUGCGGGACUACGACGCGCUGCAUCGGUUCGCGCACGACGAGGUGCAUAUGAAUGGCGUGCGGUGGUGGGCGAGCGUCGUCAAGACGCAUCCGCAUAUUGCCAUUUAUCAUGAGACGUACCUGGUCAAUAAAGGGCAGUGGGAGAAUAUCUAUAUCAAUUCGGAGCCGACGGGCUUGGCGGAUGCGUGGUUUCCGGUCGCUGAGGGGGAUAAGGGGGAAAAGGGCCAGAGGAUGUGGGUGCGGGCGCCGGUGGAUGCGCGCGGCGGCGCGCUGCGGUCGGCGUCGAGGCGGUUGCAGAGGGGGUGGUUGGAGGAGGCGGAGAAGGUCGAGGGGGAGUUGUAUGACCGGAGUUUUGCUGCGUGAAUACAUGGGAGGUGUGU